GCCGCGAACCGCACGAUUGGUCAUGAGGAUUUGGAUCAAGACACCUGUGUUAAGACAACUGAGUCGCUUAAAUAUCACUGCCACACUCCGUCUUUGUUUCAGCAAUCGCACGGCGCUAAGUGCCUGUGAUUAUAUAUACCGCAGAUGAACGCAUGAGACAGGUUCAGUCGAAUGAGACACACUUUGACGACAGACAUCUCUGAAGCAAACUCUAGGCGCAAACUUCAGCAUGGGUUCCAUAGCAGGCUAUGACGAGGCUGCGAAAAUCACAGCGCUCGAUGCAAACAUCCUCUCUGAAAUCCCACUAUUCAAUCGGCCUCUGACUCUAACGAACCAUGGAUCUUCCGCUUGGGCAGAAAGCUAUCGUAUUGACUUGGAGGUCAAUGAUCAGACUGAGAGCUAUUUUAUGAAGGUGUCCGUGGGAUAUCAUGGCAGAGAAGCUUUGAGAGGAGAGUUCGAGUCCACGUCUGCCAUGCACGACGUCGUUGGAGAUUUCACCACCAAACCGAUUGGAUGGGGGUCUUUCAAAAGCCUACCAGGAGCUCACUACUAUUUCUGUCAGUUUCACGAUCUGGACCAAGAAGUUCCUGAGCCAGAAAAAUUUUGUCAAGGCGUCGCUACUCUCCACGCAAAGAGCCAGUCUCCUAACGGGAAAUUCGGGUUUCACAUCGUGACAUACAACGGAGACCUCCCACAGAAUAAUGAUUACGCUGAUACAUGGGAAGAGUUUUUCAUCCACGGAUUCAAACACAUGAUCCAGCUCAACAUUGACCGUGGCGGACCCUGGAGCGAGCUGGACGGCCUGGAUACUACCAUGAUCGCCAAAGUAAUCCCGCGACUGCUACGGCCCAUGGAGACGGACGGCCGAUCCAUCAAGCCGUCCCUGGUUCACGGCGACCUCUGGUGUGGAAAUACGGCGGUCGACGCCGCCACCAACCGGCCUCUCAUAUAUGACCCCGCCAGCUUUUAUGCCCACAAUGAGUAUGAACUAGGGAAUUGGCGUCCCGAGCGGAACAGAUUUACUAUGAAAUACUUUGAAGCCUAUCACUUCCACAUUGGGAAGACUCAUCCAGAGAAGGAUUAUGACGACCGAAAUGCGCUGUAUUCCAUGCGCUUCAACCUUCAAGCUGCAGCUCUAUUCCCUGAUAACCCCUCCUUGCGAGAGUCGGUGAUCGAUGAAAUGAAGCGGCUCGUGGAAAAAUACCCUGGCGGCGGGGUAAAGGAGACGGUUUUGAAAGCCCUAAAAUGCGGAUAUCGACAUAUUGACACGGCGACGGCGUACGGAAACGAGAAGGAGGUGGGAGAGGCAAUUAAGGAGAGCGGUGUACCACGGGGUGAAAUAUUCGUGACAACCAAAUUGGCGCAAACAUGGCAUGAAUCUGCCGACGUAGAACGGGCCUUGGAUAAGAGUUUGGAGCUGUUACAGUUGAGCUAUGUGGACCUGUAUCUGAUGCACUUCCCGCAUGCCUACCGCGCUGGCCCAAAUAACAGCACCAUUCGACAUUCGGACGGAAAGCCAGUCAUAGAUUACACCCUAUCGCGAGACUAUUGCUCUACAUGGACGGCCAUGGAAACCGUUGUCGACAAGGGCAAAGCGAGACUGAUCGGAGUAUCCAACUUCAGCAUCCUCAAACUUCGAAAACUUCUCGCCAAAGCCCGAAUCCCACCAGCAGUAAACCAAGUGGAGGCCCAUCCAUACCUCCCCCAAACAGCACUCCUCCACUUCUGCACCAACCACGGAAUCCACAUCACAGCGCACCAACCCCUAGGUGGCAAGCCCGUUGCAGCCGUGAACCCCAACGCCGACCGACCAGGGCCACUUUACGACCCAGACAUCACAGCCAUUGCAACAAAACACAACCUAUCCCCCGCGCAGGUCCUCCUCGCCUGGCUUCUCCAGCGCGGCAUCUCUGUCAUCCCCAAGACGGUGCACGAGUCGCGACUAGUAGAGAAUAUGGCUCUGCGUAGACUAGAUGAAGAGGAUAUCGUGGCUAUCACGGGGCUGGCGGAGCGAAAGGGGGAAGUGCGCUACUUGGACCCAAGGGGUCAUGUGGGGUUUGACAUUUUUGAUGAGAGGGUUGAUGAGCCUGUGGAGGGUGAGGACAGAACAUAA